AUGGCUGGUAGCGCUCCUCUCGCCGUCCUCUUCUUCGUGAAAUUACAUCAGAGAGGCGCCAGGUCUCGUGCCCCUAUCCCAUGGAUUAAAGGUGCCUCAGCAAUCGUCACAAUGUAAGAUGAUAGUUCUCUGAUCUCUGCAUAUUUGAGAAAUUGUAUGAUGUGUACUGAUGCAUUUACCUGACAGAUGGUUCAUCCUUUGGUUGAUGGAAAGCUGCAUGACACUGCAAGUCGGUCGGAUCAGUGGGAAAGCAGCCGAAAAUCUAUUGACGAUCCAAAGACAAGUCGAAGCUGCGAAGAAUAUGUUUGGGCCUCCUGCUUUGGCAACCACGCUGUACGCACAUCUCGAGCUCGUCUUGGCCCUCGGCGAGCAAUCCGGCUUCUUGAACCCUCGAUUUCCACGCAUAGGGGCAACUGUUAUGCUGGUUGUAAUCGGGAUAUUGAGCACCGUUCGAUUUAUAAUAUCCCAGUAUAACAAUAUCUCCGUGGAUAUAAAGGGGCUCUUUGAUCUUAUGCUAUCUAUUCUGCUCUUCGGUUUCUGUCUGGGGUCCACGGGCUGUCUGUUGAGAACGAGCCACACCGAGCUUAAUAAGGUAUGUUUUGGGCCUAUUUCCUUUGUAUCCAAAAUUACCUAUUCGUUUUAACACUUUCUGCCAGAUCUUCAAUCUUCUAGCUACGGUAUUGGGGCUUUCGUUAUUCCGUCACGCCUUCGACAUAGCCUACUUUGGCGUCACGACAUAUGUGAACCAUGAAGAUCCUGCUGUUUUGGAUUUCUUAAGGCCACUUGUAGUCGGCUGGGGAGUCAUCAUCUGCCUAGGAAUCUUCUUUCUCGUCGUGUCGAAACGAGGAACCAACCUGUGGGAUCGCGCUUACAGGAAAACCGUAAAGAACAAGAGGAACUUUUACAAACAAGGCGAAUAUAACAAGAGCAAGUUCAGUCAUAGCAAUAAGAGCUUUCAGACUGGAAAUACUAGCUCCAAGAGCUUGCCGACUCAACGAACCAGCAGGAGGAUAUACUGCAACAGUAA